ACGGCGGCGAAGAAGCGCGGUGCUACCUUAAAGGCGCAGCCGCACACGCACACACCAAAAAAACACGGGUUGAGGAAGGGGCGGAGAUUUGCUGCGGACCGGAGAGCCGAGAACUAACCAGAAGGAGAAAAAGCGAAGCCGCUCCGUCCUGAUCGCUGCUGGGAUUCAAAAGACUGGCGGAAGGUACAGGGAAGCGCCUUCUCCUCGCCUGAGCUUGGAAGGAGCGGAGCGGGCGGCUCCCUUGACGAUCCCGCUGGGGACGCGCGCAUAAAGGAGAGGCUCGCCCGGCUCGCCACGGUGCCCUAUCGCAAGGGAGAAGCGGCGGCAGAGCGGGGCGGCGGCGAGGUCUCGAGCUCCCUGCUGGAGCAGCCUCCCAAGGCGGGCUCGGCGAGGCUGGCCAUGGCGGCGAUCCGCAAGAAGCUGGUGGUGGUGGGCGACGGGGCGUGCGGCAAGACGUGCCUGCUGAUCGUCUUCAGCAAGGACGAGUUCCCGGAGGUGUACGUGCCCACCGUCUUCGAGAACUACGUGGCCGACAUCGAGGUGGACGGCAAGCAGGUGGAGCUGGCGCUGUGGGACACGGCCGGCCAGGAGGACUACGACCGCCUGCGCCCGCUCUCCUACCCGGACACCGACGUGAUCCUCAUGUGCUUCUCGGUGGACAGCCCGGACUCGCUGGAGAACAUCCCCGAGAAGUGGGUGCCCGAGGUGAAGCACUUCUGCCCCAACGUGCCCAUCAUCCUGGUGGCCAACAAGAAGGACCUGCGCAACGACGAGCACGUGCGCAACGAGCUGGCUCGCAUGAAGCAGGAGCCGGUGCGCACCGAGGACGGCCGCGCCAUGGCCGUCCGCAUCCAGGCCUACGACUACCUCGAGUGCUCGGCCAAGACCAAGGACGGCGUGCGGGAGGUCUUCGAGACGGCCACCCGGGCCGCCCUGCAGAAGCGCUACGGCACCCAGAACGGCUGCAUCAACUGCUGCAAAGUGCUAUAAUGGCGGGCACCGGCGGCGCGCACGGAGGCUGGCCGGGGAGGGGGGGGAGGAGGCGGGUGAGGCACCGGGAGUGAGGCUCGCACCCCGCCCUGCCAGGGAGGGGACCCUCAAGCACGGACGGCCCUUGACUCCCUCCCCCCGUUGGAGAGCCAGUUGCAAAAGCAUCCCCGCCUGGACUGACCGGGAAAGGCAGGCUUUGCCGACGGGCCACGGACCUGAACGCACCCUCGACGGGGCGGACUUGUUUUGCAAGCCGUCGCUUCCGCGCCAAGGAACUGGGAAGCUGCCCCGCCGAAGGGUGGGCUCUCUGCCCCUCCCUUGGAAAGAGGAAUACGGCAGCGAAAGAGACACGGGGAGGGGGGCAGCCUGGGCCUUUCCCUCCCGGUCUGAAUGGGAAUUUUCCGGGAGGGGUUGGAUCCAAAGACGGGGAGGGGAGGGAGGGGUGGCUGCUGUGCGUGUACAUAGGCCGUAUUCUCUCGUGUAAGCGGGGCGACUGAAAAAAAACAAUAGUGUGGUUUAUUGAACUGUGGACUGGGCCGCCGCCCCUCUUGGGACUAGAACUACCAUCAAGGGACAGAGGGGGGACACUUCCUAGAAGGAAGGGGGAAGCCUCUUCUGAGAGGCUCGAACCUGCUGAGAAAAGAUGGCAACACGGGGUGUGGAGGGGGAGGAAAAUGUGUUCCCAAGCGUCAUGAUUUUUUGUGCCUGCUCCUUCGAUUUUUCCCCCUUUCUUUGAAAACUGCAAAUGUUUCCAUUGGGUUUAUUUAAAUGAUCUGAUUUUACACAAAAAGAGAGCGAGAGAACUUAUUGCACAACUGGGUGUUUAAUUUAAAAAAAAAACAACAUUGAGACUUUAUGCACUUGUAAUCUGCAAUUACAAGAGAGAAACUUUUCUUAAAAAAGAGAGAAACUUUUCUUAAAAUCUUAACCUCAUUUUGGGACAGGGUCCAGCUAAGCACGCUUUCACUGAAGAACUUCGAAAUGCUAUUGAUUUGUAAGCAUGUCUUACCUUUGCCAGUUAGUUGGUGGGAAUUCGGGUGCAUCACUCUGGCUGGAUCGUGUCCUUUGUUUUCUGUUUUAUUGAUUGACUUAAGCAAAACCACUGUAUUUUUUUUUUGCCUUGAGAAACACUGUCUUUAUUUGCGACAAUUGCAUAUCGAUUUUUGGAAUGCUAAGUGCUGUUUAUUUGGGAUCAUUUUAAAACCAUAGUACGUGCAUUUCUGAUCAACUUUGACGCCUCUGUAAGAGAGUAACUUGUGAUUCUUUAUUUUACAUGAUGGACUUCACCCACCCACCCCCAAUUACCAUUUUCUAUAGUGGUACUAAGGACUUAAAAUAACCCUAAAUUGACCUGGUUUUAAAAAACAAACAAACACAUGAAGUUUACAUAAAACAAUAUAAGCUGUGUAUGCAGUUUUUUAUGUAAAGUAUUAAAAGAUUCUAUGACGACA